CGCGCACACGCCGCACCUGAGGAGAGCAAGAGGCGGAGAAAACCCUAUUAUGCCCUAACAACUGCUGGCGACCACCGCCCAGCGGCAAGGCCAUCGGACCCGCCCUCCGGCCGCAGGAGGCAGCGGUCCUGCGGAGAGGAGGAGCAAACGCUAGGCCCUAGCGAGCGCCGCCGCCCCUCGUUCCCCAUCCCGCUGCCGGGCGCCGCAGCCGCCUGCCUCGUCUUCCUCCUCGCGCGAGCGCCUCCACCGCAGGCAUGAUGAUGUCCGAUGACGACGACGACUCAGAGCCCCAGGUGGUUGUGGUGAAGGAUUACUAUUUCGUCGACGCUGACAAAAAUGCGCUCUGUUUCUCGGUCUUGCCGAUCUGGUUCAAGGAAGACGCCGUCGCGGUUCCUGAGUGCAAAACUGGUGUCUUCUUGCGGGGAACUGUUGAUCCUGGCAUCCCCGUGUACAAGCAGGUGGUUGCCUGGAAGCUAGGGCUUGACGCUAGGCAGCCUGACCUUGCUGUCUUGUCGAAAGAAGGCGGCUGGAUAAAUCUUUCAAAGCCAAAGAACAGCUAUGAAGAGAGUUUCCGGACAAUAUUUAUCACAGUGCAGAUGCUUCACUUCCUCAGAAGGAAGCCUGAGGAGCCUGAGAAGGACUUGUGGAUUCAUCUUCGCAAAGUUUUCGACAAGUUUGAUGUUAGACCCUCCAAGGAUGAUUUCAGAAAUCACCAUACACUAAUGAAGCAGUUUGCUGAGAAAGAUUUGAGGUUAGCGAACUCAGAGAUUUUGAAAGUAUUUAUUGGCGAAAGGUUUAGGAAACAAAUUAGUGAGGUUGAUUCAGGCAAUUUUGAAGUGAAGGAGUCAUUCAUUGCCGCCGAUGAGGACGUAGAAGAUAUAGUUGCUGAUGACAAUGUUGAAUCUGAUGAAGAUGGGGAUGAUGAUUUGUUUGAUUCCACUUGUGCCAUAUGUGACAAUGGAGGAGAUCUGUUAGGGUGUGAUGGCCCAUGUAUGAGGUCCUUCCAUGCCAAAAUUGGAACUGGUGAAGAUUCGUAUUGUCAAACCCUUGGGUUCACUGAAGCAGAAGUUGAGGCAAUGAAAACAUUUUUGUGCAAGAACUGUGAAUAUAAGCAACACCAAUGUUUUAUCUGUGGAGUGUUGGAGCCUUCUGAUGGACCAACUGCUAAGGUGUUUCUUUGUAAUAAUGCUACAUGUGGGUACUUUUACCACCCCAAAUGUGUUGCACAACAACUUCAUCCUAACAACAAGAUCGAAGCCUUAGAAAAAGAGAAAAAAAUAGCAGGUGGAUCUUCAUUUACGUGCUCCAUCCAUUGGUGUUUUUGUUGUAAAGGCUUAGAGGACAGAACAGAAGAGCAUUUGCAGUUUGCUGUUUGCAGACGCUGUCCAAAGUCAUAUCACAGAAAAUGUUUGCCAAGCGAAAUUCCCUUCGAAGAUAGCGACGAGGACAUAGUUACACGGGCCUGGGACCUUUCACAAAGAAUUUUGAUCUACUGCAUGGAGCAUGAGAUAGAUCUUGACAUCGAAACUCCUGUCAGAAAUCAUAUAAAGUUUCCGGGGCUUCCUAUAAAACCAACAGAGUAUUUAAAGAAGAAGACCAAGGUGUUGAUCAAGAAGAAAAAGAGGACUUUUGAUGAGUCUUUCCUUGAUGAACCUUCAAUCAAACCCGCAAAGUUUCCAGGCAAGGUUCGUGUGCAAGAAAAUGAACAUGCCAGAAAAAUUGCUGUGAGGAGUUCAUCCGAGCAACUUGUUGAAAAGCCUGAAAAGAAAAAGGUGAAGCUCUUGAAACAGAGAACACAGCCUGAAUCAAAUAUGGUUAGGGAUGCUGCUGCAAGCAGUCCAAAACAUGCAAACAAGCAGGAAAAAUACUGGUCAUCUUCAACCUCAUCUACUACGAUGAACAUGCCCCAGAGUUCAUUUCCUAUAGUGGACAGUGAAACAGAAAGGAGGGUAAUUGCUUUGGUGGAAAAAGAAGUCUCUUCCUUGACAUUAAAUGAUAUAUCAAGGAAGUGCCUCAUGCCUUCAACUCAUGUAUACUCUGGCAGGCAGACUGACAAGAUUAUUGCGACCGGCAAGCUUGAGCGUUCUGUUCAGGCUGUUCGACAAGCUCUACAUUUGCUGGCUGUUGGAGAUGUUAAUACCGCAAAAGCAACAUGUGAACCUCAAGUUUUGAAGCAGCUGGCAAGAUGGCAUAUGAAACUCAAAGUAUAUAUUUCACCUUUCAUUUAUGGCUCACGCUACAGCUCGUUUGGUCGGCAUUUCACAAAGGUGGAAAAGCUUGUUGAGAUUGUUGAUAAACUUCAUUGGUAUGUGGAACCCGGUGACAUGAUAGUGGAUUUUUGCUGUGGUGCAAAUGAUUUCAGUCGAUUGAUGAAAGAAAAACUGGAUCUAGUUCAGAAGAAGUGUCAUUUCAAGAAUUAUGAUCUCAUACAACCACAGAACACCUUUUGCUUUGAGAGGAGGGAUUGGAUGACCGUGCAGCGAAAUGAACUGCCUCGCGGUUCGCGACUAGUGAUGGGGCUUAAUCCUCCUUUUGGAGUCAAGGCAGCUCUCGCGAACAAAUUUAUUGACAAAGCAUUGUCUUUUAAUCCGAAGCUCAUUAUCCUAAUUGUCCCAAAAGAAACUAAAAGGUUAGAUCAAAAGAAGACACCUUAUGAUUUGGUUUGGGAGGAUGGUGACUGUCUUGCUGGGAAGUCGUUUUAUUUGCCUGGUUCUGUUGAUGUGAAUGAAAAAAUAGUUCAAGGGUGGAAUGCAUCGGCACCACCCCUCUAUUUGUGGAGUCAUCCUGAUUGGACAAAGAAGCAUAAGAAAGUAGCGGAGGAGCAUAAUCACACAAGUUUAGCGAAGAUUGCUUGCCGUAUUGAAGAGGGUAAUCUAUCCGAUGAUGUACCUAUGAAGAAAGAAGCUGAAUCUUCUGAUGUGCAUAAUUCUAGACCUAGGAAGGAAGACGAGAAUACAGGAAGGACCUCUUGCCAUCUGGAGGAGGCCAGUCUGUCAAAUGUUGUACCUGUGCAGAGACAAGCUGAACCUAAGAGCAAACAAAAUGCUAGAUCAGGAAAAGCUAAAUGGACUAAAGAGAGGACUUCAUGUGAUGUCAGAGAUGUUAUUCCAUCAGAUGAAACCCUUGCGAAGAAACAAGAUAGAUCUGGAGAAGACCAAGCCAAAGAGCCUAACCACCUUGUGCAGAAACAAUCUAGAUCUGGAGAAGACAAAGCCAAAGAGCCUAACCGCCUUGUGAAGAAACAAGCUAGAUUUGGAGAAGAGAAAGACAAAGAGCGUAACCGCCUUGUGAAGAAACAAGCUAGAUCUGGAGAAGACAAAUAUUCUAAUCUAGCAGGCGGCCUGUCUGCGAAGAAUCAAGCUGAAGCUGCCCUUCAACAAAUGUGUCGAUCAGGGAAACAUAAUAGCAGGGAUGGAAGCAAGAGCUCUGAUGACAGGAGCAGAAAGAGGACCCCUGAUGAGGUAGACAGCCUCCCUCCAGAAAAGCAAGUAGAAGUUGCCUUUGAGGAAAGACGAGCUCCAAUCAAAAUGAGUAUUCAGCGAGAACAAAGAGAUGCUUUCUGUGAGAAUUUAAGAAAUGAUCAUAUAAAGGAACCCAGUAGAGGGAGUUCAGACAUGAAUAUGUCAUCCCCUGACACCAGCAACGCUCCAAACAGAUCUACAAGUUAUUCCCCUUAUAUGCCAACUGAACAACCCUCUGAAUUUAGGCCAACAGCAUACCUGGAUGGUAAUAUGAGCUAUCCUGUGAAAGAACCCCACGUUUCUGCAUUCAGUAGUGCUACUUAUCAGGGAAGUUAUUUGGCACGCAGUGAUAGGCACAAUGAUGCACUUGGAGUGAAGAAUGAUCCUAUGUUGUAUACCCAUGCUGUUGAUGGAUCAAAGUACAGCCCCAGUUUUGAAGAACUGACCAUGCGGUAUGCUGCUAACCCAGCUGGCGAUGGGUACAGUAUGCAAGCUCAGGGAGAUGAUUACCUUCCGAUGAGUCGACAUUCCCUUGGUUCUUCAGGCGCUAGAUAUGACCAACCCUCUUUAAGAUCGUAUUACGGGCUAUCUGGUACAACUGCACCACAAAGCUCAAUCACGGACAAGUAUGGUCCGGGGUUGUUUGGUCCAAGUGGAUCUGGAGCCUCGGUCACGGACAAGUAUGCUCCUGGUUUCUUAGGUCCAAGUGCACCAGGAAGCUCGGUAAUAGACAACUAUGCUGCACCCCUCAAUGGAACAAACUACGCAACACAAAGUGUCAUCGAUAUGCCUGGAUAUGGAAGGGAAAUGCCUCCACAGUACCCAUACCGAGGGCCAGGAUCUUCUGGCGGGGGUCUGCCUUAUACUUGAUCACUGAAACUUCAACGUAGUUUACCGAUGGAGGUUGUCACAGAAUGUGGAUGAUGACUCGUGCCAAUGUCUGCUAGGUGAAAAUCUCUGCCAUACCUUUUGGCACCCGGUUUCAUUCGUCCCUCGUCAGUCUAGCUAGCGCGGAUUGUACAGAAGAUGGGAAAGAUCAUUGUAAUAUGACUUGACUCGUAUGGUCUGAAACCAUAUAUGCACUAUCUCUUGGCACUAUGAAAACGAAUGUCCGGUUUUUAUGCUAGUUAUUGCCUAUGGUAUCAGCAGCA